AGUCCACUUACUGAAGCGAUGCUGCUUGAGUGAUAUAAUUUUCCAUGUCUGUAGUUUAUUCAGGGAAAUUUGAAAUGAAGACAUUUCUCUAUUUCUUCUGCUCCUCCUCAAUCCUUUGAACCCUUCGCAGUUACUUUCGUCACAACUUUGAUACAUUGAUAGCUUCAAAAUAUGGUGGCCACAAACACAAAAGAGUUGGAGGCAGGAACAGUUCCCAGCUAUGACAGAAGAAGUGAACUCAAUGCAUUUGAUUUUUCGAAGGUGGGUGUCCAAGGACUGGUAGAAAAUGGUGUGACAAAGGUUCCACCUAUUUUCUAUAGUUCAAGAUCUAAUCUCAGUGAAGACUUUACCACGGAAUCAAACUCAAAAUUUGCUAUUCCAACCAUUGAUCUCACAGGCAUCCAUGAUGACCCCACUUUGAGAGAUGCUGUUGUGAUGAAAGUUAGAAAUGCAAGUGAGAACUGGGGCUUCUUUCAAAUUACAAAUCAUGGAAUUCCAACUCAUGUUUUGAACGAGAUGAUCAAAGGAAUUUCCAGGUUUCAUGAACAAGAUGCAAAGGUGAGGAAAACGUACUACACACGUGAUUUGAGCAAGAAAGUUGUUUAUUUUUCCAACUACAGUCUUUACCAAGACCCAUCUACUGAUUGGAGGGACACCAUCAUAUUUUUCUGGACACCUAAUCCACCCAAAGCUGAAGAGUUGCCCCAAGUUUGUAGAGAUAUUGUACCUGAGUACUCAACAAAAGUAAUGGCACUUGCUUCUACUUUGUUUGAGUUAGUUUCAGAGGCUCUUGGGCUUGAUCGUUUGCACCUUAAAGAAAUGAAAUGUGAAGAAGGACUUGUUCUUCUGGGUAACUAUUACCCAGCGUGCCCUGAGCCAGAGUUAGCUAUGGGAACUAGUAAGCACACAGAUGGUGACUUCAUGACAAUACUUUUGCAAGAUCAAAUGGGUGGUCUUCAAAUUCUUCACGAAAAUAAAUGGAUUGAUGUACCUGCAAUACAUGGAGCUCUUGUAGUGAACAUCGGAGAUCUUAUGCAGUUAGUGAGUAAUGACAAAUUUAUCAGUGUUCAACACAGAGUUUUAGCAAACAAUCUUGGCCCAAGAACAUCAAUCGCAUCCUUUUUUGGAAUUGGUGAUCAGUCAGCAGAGGGUGUCUCAAAAGUCUUUGGUCCAAUCAAAGAACUGUUAUCUGAAAACAAUCCACCAGUGUACAGAGAAACUUCUUUAAAAGACUACCUGGCGCAUCAAUACUCAAAACGCCUUGGAGCUUCUUCAAUAUCAUUCUUGAAGUUGUGAUUUUGUGCAAAUUCAUGCAACACUUGAUAUUUUAAGAAUGACUUGUGCUUUAUCUCAUUCUACUACUAGACUUUGGUACAAGACCAUGUGGCUUCAAGAACUAAAAACGAAGUUAUAUUGCAUGCUUUGAAAAAACGUAUAUGUUCAUAUUACAGAAAUAAACUAUGUACUUUGGUUUUAUAAUA